UGCAGAAGUAGACAAUGUGGCCCAAUGUCACAUUCAUCUUGCACAGACUCUAAGAGAGGAAGCCAGGAAGAUGGAAGAUUUCAGGGAAAAGCAGAAGCAACAACGGAAAAAGACAGAGACUGUCAUGGAUGCUGCCCAUAAGCAAAGGAAUUUACAGUUCAAGAAAACCAUGGAUGCAAAGAAGAUCUAUGAGCAGAAAUGCCGGGACAAAGAUGAGGCAGAGCAGGCUGUCCACCGGAGCGCCAACAUGGCAAACCAGAAGCAACAAGAAAAGCUCUUUGUGAAACUGGCAACUUCCAAGACUGCAGUAGAGGACUCUGACAAAGCGUACAUGCAGCACGUCCACACGCUGGAUAAGGUCCGAGAGGACUGGCAGAGUGAGCACAUCAAGGCCUGCGAGGUAUUGGAGGCUCAAGAAUGUGAACGAAUAAACUUCUUCCGGAAUGCACUGUGGGUACAUGUGAAUCAGCUGUCACAACAAUGUGUCAAAAGUGAUGAUAUGUAUGAACAAGUUCGUAAAACUUUAGAAAUGUGCAGCAUUGAGAAGGACAUCGAGUACUUUGUGAAUCAACGCAAAACUGGACAGAUUCCACCAGCACCCAUCAUGUAUGAGAAUUUCUACUGCCCGCAGCGGAAUGCCGCCCCACCAGGAAAGACCACAGGGCCUAACUUGGCAAGGAGAGGACCUCUCCCAGUUCCUAAAAGUGUACCAGAUGACCCUGAUUAUUCUUUGGUUGAUGACUACAGUUUGCUCUAUCAAUAACAUAAAGUGCUCCGUGGGACAGAGGGGGCUGCAGUGGAGACUGAGCUGUCAAUUGCAGAAGAUGCACCUUUGGCUUUGGGCUUUGGCUUUUGCUCUGUAUCCUGAGCCACAGAGCAGCAUGGCUUUGGAAUCUCACAGCAACACACUCUCAUGGUUCAAGAUUUAAAGUUACCCUCCUUUUUGGCUGGAAGACUUAGAAGCCACAUUCUCAUUUUACAGAUGAAGAAACAAGGCCCAGAAGUGUGAAAUCAGUUUCCUUACAGCAGAUGAGAGAUGGAACUGGACCUAGUAUGCAAGCUCAUUCCACAUCACUCGUACUAACUCUUCAUGAAGUUGUGAUGUUCAGGCUAAAAUUAAAAUUAAAAAUGCCAAAUAGUUUUGCCAGCAUCUUUUUUCAACUGGGAAAAUUACUAGGACUUAAAUGUUAAACUUAAAAAAAAUAUGAAUCACCGUGUGUACUAAAUUACAGAGCAGCAUAUUUAACAUAAUCUGAGAAGCUGUAGAUUGUAAAUUAUGCCACUGUUUCAUGUACCACUCUGAAGGUGGGUUAGUGAAGGUGCCAAUAGGUUUGUGACAGCCUGUUGACAGUCAAACCCAUUUGAAUUUGAGACAGUAAAUUGUGACCAAAAAAAAAAAAAGUUCCUAGAAUCAAUGACAUAUGGCAUUUAGAUUAUCUUCAAUUCUGGGUCUUUAUAAUCUCUUGAAAACUUGCUAGACCCUGGAAUCUUUCAAGAGUCAGUCUAACCCUUUUACAAAUAUUUGGCUCUUCCUCUGUCACCCAUAAGCUAUGGGGYGUUAUGUACCUUUCAUACAACUUUUGAGCAAUGGGAAAAUGGUGCAUUUUAGUUAAAAGGAAAACAGCACUAUUGCUUGUAUGUUGUAAAGGUCACUACAAGGAGCAAAUAUUUAUCUCUCCUGCCCUGUGCAAUAACUUUCCUGGAACUAUAGAAAAAAAUGACUAAAAGAAGAUUAAUUAUUCCCCCCUUUUAAUAUAAGGUGCUUCUAAGUGUGACAGCUUCUUAUCAUAGCAGGAAACUUGCAUCAGUUGAAUAUCCUUUUGAGAAAUUCAUGUUGCAAAGGACCAUUGACUUCCCCAAACUGAAACAGGCUCAGGAAAUUUGCCUUUGCAUUCAGAUAUGUUUUUAACUUUAUUAUUUAUUGUUGGCUCCUCAGGGAUUUCACUUUUCUAUCAGUGUAAUUGAUGUAAAAGUGUUUUAUGAAUAGAAAAUGAUAAUUUUAUUGCUCUUUAAGUUUAUUUGAAGUAAAAUAAAGGUUCUUGGUGAUUUGGGA